AUGUCUUUGAAUUCAACUUCUACAAUCUACGGUCAAAAUGAGACUCUUAUUUCAUCAAUUCGUAAUAUUAUAAAGGAUUAUCCUCCCGAGAGCGUAUUUAAAGAAUUCCUUCAAAAUGCUACUCGGUAUCACUUAAUUAUUGAUGGACGCUCGCAUCCCAACGAAACUUUGCUUUGCAAAGAAAUGAAGGCCUGGCAAGGCCCAGCCAUUUUGAUAUUCAAUGAUGCAAUUUUCAGGCCAAACGAUUUUCAAUCGCUUAUGCAGAUCCGAGUUGGAGGAAAACAAGGAGACGAUACAAAGAUUGGAAAACAUGGGUUAGGUUUUAACUCGUGUUACCACUUUACCGAUGUUCCAAGUUUUAUCAGCGGCGAUUCAAUUGCUUUUUUGGAUCCUUUAGAGAAAAACUUGCCAAAAAGACAGGGCGAAACUCAACGUGGGACUAUUGGACCAUUUCCAAAAAAUGGUAUCGGUGAGUAUCUUGAAAAGGACCAAUUGGUUCCUUAUGAAGGCAUCGAAGGCAUCGAUUUCCGCUCGACAUUUAAAGGGACCCUCUUUCGAAUACCACUUCGGUUACAACCAAGUGAAAUAUCUGACAGUAUUUUUACACCGGAACAAAUCCGCGAAUUGUUCAAUAAUCUUAAAUCAAACAUCUCCUCCCAAUUCUUAUUUCUUCGAAACAUCGAAAAAAUUGAAAUUUCGUAUAUAACUGAGCAAACUGUUCCACUACAAAUCAAUUCAAUUUAUAAAGCGGCCAUAACGGGUUUUACUGAGAAUCAAAGAGCCCAAAGAAAAAGCGUCAUAAACAAUGAAAUUCAAGCUUUCCAAAUGGAUAUCGAACAAAUCGAUGGUAACAACACACAAAAGGACACUUACAUUAUCGCAACUGGUGCCCAACCAAAUCCUGAAAGUGAUCAGCUAAAAAAAUAUGCGGAUCGAUAUCGAUUACGCGUUUUAGGUGGUAUUGCUGCGUUGCAUAAAAGUUCGAAAUUAAACUACCGGAAAGAAUUCAGAGGAAUAUUAUACUCUUUUCUUUCGUUACCUGACACGACAUAUCUGCCGUUUCAUCUUAAUGGAACCUGGGCUCAAGGCUCAGAUCGUGGAAGGUUAUUAUUAGAAAAAGGUUACGCACCGGAUUUAGAUCAUCAGAAACUCAAUUGGAAUAGACAUAUCAUGCUUGAAUUCCUUCCUAAACUAUAUUGUAAGCUUAUAAAAAAAGCCAUCGAAUUGAAAGAAAGUGAUAUUAAUGAGGGCAUCGAGAGCAUUGAUUUUACAGAAAAAAUUCAUCCUAUCUCAAAGUUCUGGCCAUUUCCACCUUCCGUCCAAAGUAAUUCUAAUUAUGCAAUUGAAUUCGGUUUCAAAGUACUAGAACAAAUGAUACAAAAAGAAGACCUGUUGUCUAAUGAUGAAAACUAUGAAAAUCGCGUGAAAAUACUCUUCGAGCACUUAUCAAAGAAUCAAAUUGCAGAGCUCCAUUACAUGGUACGAAAAACUUGGGAUUUAAUUGUAAAUCCAAAUUUCAAGUCAUUUGCCCGUUUCUUUCCUAUUUGGAGAGUUCUUACGAAUCCAUUAGAAACAAAUUCUGUAAAUGUGCUAGCAUCAGCUUCAAGCGGAUAUAUUUUAGAAAGUAACAUCUCCAUAUAUCAAAUAAAAACUUCAAAAAUCUAUUUAGAUGCUUAUGAGAGCUAUGAUCGUAGAAUUUUAAACGAACUCAAUGUUCGUAAGCGAACCACUUAUGAGUACACUUUUGAGGACGUCGAAUUUCCUAAAGAAUAUAAUAAUACUUAUCUAGAAUACCUAAGGUGCAUACUGAAAGAUAAACAAGUUGUUAAAAAUCUAGGAAAUAUACGCUGUUUUCCCAAUUCAAGUAAUAUGAAAUUAAAGAAAGCAACCGACCUAUACGAUUAUAACAACCUCGUUUAUCGGGCGGUGUUAGGUGGAGAUUCUAAUGUUUUUCUUCAUCAUGACUUUUCCAAACAUAUUAUUAGUUUAUCAAAAAUUGGAUUAAAAAGUCAAAUUAAUCAAGAGAUGUUCAAAAUGUGUGCUACUAAAGUCAAGGAAUUGCAAAGAGACCCAGAACCACCAUCUGACAUACGUUAUCGGGGCUUUAUGCUUGUUGAUCAUUUAUAUAAAAAUAUUCACACUUUAAAUUUGGAAAACAUCGAAGGAAUACCAUUCAUCCCAAUUACAAAAAGUAUGGGCAAUCCUUAUAACUCACAUUACAAGCACCCUCAAGCUUUAGAUUGCUUGAAUGAUGUAAUUCUUCCAGCAUAUAGAGAAGUCGCGUGGAGUCAAAUGCCAUUGAUCGCGGAAGAUGUAAUACCACCUGAAAAAGUACUCAAAAAAUAUCCAUCAUUUGGUAAACCGGAUGUUUUUGCUGUAAUCAGACAUCUCCGUUUCUUAUAUUUAAAACUCCGGAUUGAUGAAGAAUGGAAGAAAGGUUGGGCUGAUGCAUAUAAGAACAACAUUUAUGAGGUUUAUAAAUGGCUGGAUAAAGAAUGUUUGUCAAAUGAUGAUAUCGACUUGUCGGAAAUCAUUAUAUCCGAUCCAUUAUUUCUUAAUUUCAAUAGAAAUCAAGAUCCAUUUAAUAUAGAAAACUGGGUUUCUGCAGACAAUUUGGUCUUGAACAGCGAACCUGGUGAAUUGAAGUAUGUCAAUCCAAGUCUUGCAAUAUAUCAUAACAUGCUGAAAAAUGCCGGUGCUGGGGAAAUAACGCGGCCAGAUGUUCAAAUUAAUGUCAGAGUACACGACCAAGCACAUCAUAACAAAAGUACUUUAUUUGAAUUUCUGUUGGAUCAGACGUCUACAUUGCAUGACGUAACUUUUGUUGCGAAUGGUGAAAAUAUAAAAACGAGUCGAUAUAUGCUCUCUGCAAGCUCUGAAUUUUUUCGCCAGAAAUUCACUUCAGAAGAAUCAAGUCCAUAUGACCCAGUCACUUUCAAUAUUGAAAACAUUGAACCUGGUUCUAUGGAAAUUUUAUUACGUUAUUUGUAUGGCCAGAAGAUUGAUGACGCAAUUCAAAGUCGUGGAAGUUUAAACGAUAACAUGGGUUAUCGAGUUGAACAAAAUACUGAUCAUUCUCAAAAUUUGGUAACUUAUAAGAACUUGCUUAAGUUAGCAAGUGAUUACAGGUUAGGUCAUUUGAAAGAGCUUAUGGAAUUGAGGCUUUCACGUUUAAUUCUCAUGUCGAACGUAAACGAAAUAAAAGAACUUGCUGAAUCUUUAAAUGCCAGUCAACUUAAUGAAUAUUGUUAUCAUUUUAUUCGCGAUAAUAGUGAAGGAAUGUCUUGA